UGAAAUUAAACACGCGCAGAAUAAUUAAACAAAUUUAUUUAUUUAUGAUGAAUUUUUAUAUUUUAUUUAUUUUAAGCUAUUAUACUAUAAACAGUUCCAAUUGCCAAAAUAUAGAUUAUUCAUUUGCACCAGAAUAUAACUGGAAUAAUGAAAAUACAAACACUCCAUGGGUUCGUAUCGAUAUCCCUCAACCAAAGAGACGACAUUCCAAAUUACUGGAGAUAGAUAAUCAUCCACCGCAGGUUGCCAUUGAACAAGGUCGUCAUAUUCAACCACAAACAUUUUAUCGAAUAUCAGAGACUUUAGAUGCCAUAAACACAGUUGGACGAUAUUUAGUGAAUAUGACACGCCAUGAAACAAAUCCACAACCAAACGAAGAUUUACCCGGCGCCAUUUAUACAAUUAGCAAAAAUGUGCUUGGGCGAAAUGUUACUGACACGAUUGUUAAACCGUUUGUCCAGGAAGCUUUACCAUUAGUCCAAAAACCUAUUCCUACGACCACAACGACAACAACCACAGAAAGGACUAUUGCUGCAAAAAUUGGAACGGGAAAUGCUGUACGAUCAUGUACGACCCCCGAUGGUGCGAAUGGUAUUUGUGAUGAUCUAAGUAACUGCCCACAACUAUUAUUAAAUUUGGGUAGUUUACGACAGUCGCUUUGUUUUAAAAGCUUAUUUACACCCGGUGUAUGUUGCCCGAUUGAUUCCUUGGAUGAUAUUGGAGUAAUUUCAACGACCACUACACCGGUACCGAUUUUGUCAACGACAAUUAGGAUACCGCCGAAAAUAACAGCUCCUACAAGGCCACCAAUAAUUAUUACAACAAAAGCUCCGAUCCUGCUUAAGCCACAACCAACAUUUGAAAAUAUAACAGACACGUUAAUUGUCGAUCCAAAUGAUUGUGGACAGCCAGAGAAUGCGAAUUUUCGUGUUGUAGGUGGCGAGGAAGCAACACCUGGAAAAUGGCCAUGGAUGGCAGCAAUAUUUUUACAUGGGCCACGACGUACGGAAUUCUGGUGUGGAGGAUCUUUAAUCACAUCCAAACAUGUUUUAACAGCUGCACAUUGUACGAAGGAUACUCGACAAAGAUCAUUUUCACCACGUCAGUUCACAAUUCGUCUUGGUGAUGUUGAUUUACAACGCGAUGAUGAACCAUCAACGCCAGUCACAGUCCGUGUCACUGAUAUUCGUGCACAUCCACGUUUCAGUCGUGUUGGAUUUUAUAAUGAUAUUGCAUUAUUUUAUCUAGAAACACCUGUACGAAAAUCACGUUACAUUAUACCGUUAUGUCUUCCACAGCCAAGUUUACGAACAGAAAAAUUUGCUGGACAACGUCCUACCGUCGUUGGAUGGGGUACCACAUAUUAUGGUGGCAAAGAAAGUACGGUACAGAGACAAGCAAUUUUGCCUGUAUGGAGAAAUGAAGAUUGCAAUCAAGCAUAUUUUCAACCAAUAACGGAAAAUUUUAUUUGUGCUGGAUAUGCGGAUGGAGGAGUUGAUGCAUGUCAGGGUGAUUCAGGUGGACCUUUAAUGCUACUCAAAGAUACACGUUGGAUGCAAAUUGGUAUUGUAUCGUUUGGUAAUAAAUGCGGAGAACCGGGUUAUCCAGGCGUGUAUACAAGAGUCACUGAAUAUCUGGAUUGGAUUGAAGAAAAUACAGGAUUUCGUCGAAAAGAAGAAAAUUAAUACGAAUUUUCCAAUGUUUGAAAAUUUGAAGUGACAUGCAAGGAGUUUAAAUGUGAUGUGGAUAGCAUUAUGUGAUACCUUUUUCCAGUAAUAAUUUCUAUUCGUUAAGAACUUUAAUUUUCUUUUAGGAUGAUUUUUACAACAAGAAAUUAAAGCUGCACGGGUAUUUUUGUUGUUUUUUUAUAGGAAUAUUUCAAUUCAAAACAC